CUUAGGGUUGACUGAACUUACUGUCAAAGUGCACGUCCCUGAACCCUGACUCUUAGUAGUGCACCAGCAUGGCGGCACUAAAUGUGGGGAGGUUGAACCGCCACUUUCCAGAGCGGUAUUUGGAAAGUUUGAAAGCCUUACUGGCGGCAGUAGAGAUGAGUCUAGAGAACUACCAGCUGUCUUAUGGAUCAAAACUACCAGACUCUGUCCUGUGUGAGCCGGGGAAAGACCUGCGUGUGCUGGGGAUAGGGAGUGGAUCUGGUGAAGUUGACAGCGCCAUGUUGAAGAAGGUUUUACAACGCCACAAGACUGUGUACAACAGGGUUGUGGAACCGUCGGGAGAAAUGAUCGAGCGUUAUAAGACCCUGGUGCGUAAAGACAAGAGCCUCGGUGCUGUGACGUUUGACUGGCGCCAACAGACGGCAGAAGAGUACUUCCAGACGAAGGAAGACACAAAGUUUCAUUUGGUCCAUGCGAUACACGUCCUGUACAACGUGGAAGACCAGGACGCCACCUUGCGGAGCAUAUGGGAACAGCUGGCGGGCGGCGGACACAUGUUGGUCGCCAUGGAGUCAGAUACAAGUGACUGGGGGAAACUGCAGUACAAGUUGUGGGAUGAGUUCGGCCAAGGUGACCGUUUGAAGACGUCCUUUCGUACGUCCGGUGACGUCAAACAGUGGCUUGACGCAAGGGGCGUCAGUUACGUCACAUCGCAAGAUGACAUCAACAUUAACAUCACGGAGUGUCUUAAGGAAGAAUCGUCAGAAGCGGGGAGGAUGAUUCUCGACUUCUUGACAAAAACGCCUUUUGUAUCAAAUUAUCCAGAAAUAAAAUCAACGGCUUUAGAUUUUAUCCGAUGUAAUUCUUCGUUGGUUGAUGAUAAGGUUAUCUUUAAAUUAAUCAAUGAAGUUGUCAUCGCCUUAAAGAAAUAACCCUGAUGUUGAAGUUCUUGUUGACCUGCUUCACUGAGUAAUAACAAUUCUCUUUAUGUUCCACUCGAAAUCAUAUCAUAUCAAAUUUCACAUCAUUUGGCAAAAAAAUGAAAUGGAAAAAAAAAACACAUGAAACCUAUUAUUGUGAACAUGCUUUAUUAUUAUCUUUAGUCUGAAGUACAUGCCAGAAGCAUACAGUACAGUGCUGAUAUUGCAAUACAACCAUAUAUUACUAGUAUACAGUACAGCACCUAUAUUGCAAUGCAACCAUAUAUUACAGUCCUGAUAUUGCAAUAUAGUAUACAGUACAGUACCGAUAUUGCAAUACGGGCUUUGUUAUCCAUUAGCCAGCCAUUGAUACAGUAAGCCUUUGGCAGUGUGACAAUACAUGGCAACAAUCUGUGGUAUGAUUAGCAUGGCAUUUUACUGGCCUGACUGUUACAAUAUAUCUUCUCAUAAAAUGACUCACAUAUAUACUGAACCAUACCACUGAACAGCAUUCCAACUGAAUCCUUGGCACAUGUAAUUAAGAGCAUAGAUGUUAAAAUAACUUCUUAAUUGCAAUUUUCAAUGUCUUCAAUCUAUUACAUUCAAAAACAUACUCAGCAAUGUGUGUGAGGCUGUAAAAGGGGUGCUGAGUAUUCUAGCUCCAGUGGGUCAAUACUAGGCUAGCUCCCCCUAAACAGCCUAACAUUGUUACCCCAACACUUGCUGUAUACAGUAACAACACCAUCUAGAUUCUUAAAACACAUUUUGAGUAGAUUGAUUGUAACAGUCAGAAUAUAGUCUGGUAUCCAAACGUAUUCUUGCUGCUGAGUCUCUUUCAUCCUCUCUGCAAAACUAUUUCUCUGCAGCUAGAUUAGGUUUGGAUACCAGGUUAUAGAGAUUUAUCCAUCCAAUUUACUUCAUUUUAUUAAAUGCACAAAUUCCCUGGACUCCUAACAAGUAUAAAACCUGUUAGGAGACAGCUUGUUACAGUAAAAGACAGUUCACACUCUUUAAAAUACAUACUUAUAGCCAGUUGGUUUUUCUUCUUGUAAUAAAUAUAGUAGGUCGCAUGGAAGCAAUGUACAGGUGGAUAUAAGCACAGUUUAAAAGCAAUAAUUACUUAGCACAAAUCUAGAGUUACUUGAGUAAGUUGAAUACACAGACCUCUUAUAAGCUCUGGACACAUACAUUGUGUGAUGCACCUACAAUGUUUUUUCCUG